AUGGCCUCCAGCCAACCGUUUCCUCCUUUCAUCCCCGAUGUCGAGAACUUCCCUGAAGUCAAUCCGUAUCCAGGCAAACCGCCUUCGAACAACACCAUAGAUGAAGAGGAGGACCGUGAUGGCGGUGGCGAUGAUAUUGCUUUCGGGGAGGACGCUGAUUUUCAGUCUCACUACACAUCGUGUCCUCCGAUAGCAGAACGAGACUACUCAAUAUCUACUUCGGGCGAUAAUGAGAGGGAAGAGGAGGAAGAGGAUCACGACGAUGAAGAUGAAGAUGAAAAUGAUGACGACGAAGAAGAUGCAAAUGUUGGUGAUGGCGGAAUCGCCCUUCACAAACGCCUCCUCCAAUCAACGGGUUCUUUACCGAAUACCUUCGCUCCGCCCUUUUAUAAUCGUCCACCUACGCCACUACCCCCGUCGCCCUCACUAACAUCUUUACUUCGACCUUCCUUUUCCGCACAUACGUCCCGGCCAACUACGCCGGAUAGUUCUGAUGUGGAGACGCCUAAUGAUACGGAGGCGGCGGUGGCGAAGUCGGCGCGGAUCGCGACGACAGUGCCCAGGGCGAGUCCGAAAGUGCCGACCUAUGAGUAUUAUGGGUUUGUACUCUAUUUAGCUUCGUCGUUGGCGUUUUUAAUAUACCUAUUGUGGUCCUUCCUACCCUCACCUUUUCUCCACCAGCUGGGUAUAUACUACUAUCCCAAUCGCUGGUGGUCCCUCGCCAUCCCGUCCUUCCUCGUAAUGACGCUGGUCUAUAUCUAUGUCGCCCUUGCAGCGUACAACACCGGAUAUUUAACCCUUCCCAUGAAUAGCAUUGAGAACCUCGUCGACGAUGCAGCAAACAUUGCAGUAAUAGAUAGUAAGGGCAGGCGCCGGCUUGGUGGAUCGGAGAAAAUGAAUCCAGAUGUGACCACUGCACUGACGAUGAAUGCUCAGAAGAAAAGGCUGGAGUGGAAGGCAAUUUGGAAUGAGGGGACGGAUGCGGUGAUGGAUAUUCCUAUUGGUGGCGUUUGUGAAGUCCUAUAUGGUGGUGAAGGACUAAGUGAGGAUGGGAGCUUGGAAUUCUGA